CAGAAGCUACAUUUACCUAAUCGUUAUAUCGCACCUACGCGACUACACUCGAAGGUUGUUACAGGCACAGCGUUAAGAUGGGCAGCCCAGUUCCCUCGCUCCAAACUGCAGCCGUUAUAGAACACCCAGGCCCAAACGGUAUAGUGCGAAUUGACGACGCCCAUCCCGUAGAGACACCAGGCAAAGAUCAAGUUCUUGUCAAAUUAGCUUAUAGCGGUAUCUGCGCAUCAGAAGUUCGGGCACUGCUGGGCUGGGCAAAUUAUAAGCCGGUUGUUGGCCACGAGGGAGUUGGAAUUGUUGUGAAAAUAGGCGAGAAUGUUUCAGAGUCAGUGCUUGGACAGCGAGUAGGCGUGAAAUGGCUUCACAGUGCGUGCGGGCUAUGCUCUGAAUGCCAAAGAGGAUCUUCCAAUCACUGCAUUAAACCAGCCUUUACAGGUGUUCAUGCUCAGGGAACUCUACAGCAAUAUGUAAUCGCCGACUCGCGAUACUUGACCGUAAUUCCAGACGGCAUUCCCGGAGAAGUGGCUUCUCCUCUGCUAUGCGCGGGAUUAACAAUGAUGGGUGGCAUUGCAAAACUUGACGAACAUAUACCCAAAGAUGGCUGGGUCGUAAUCUCAGGCUCGGGCGGCGGUUUAGGACAUAUCGGAGUUCAGAUCGCCAGCAGAUUAAGGAAAUUUAGGGUUAUCGCAGUCGAUUCCGGACUAUCCAAACGAGAGCUCAGUCUACAAUGCGGCGCCCAUGAAUUCAUCGAUUUCGCUACCGAAGAUGUUGAGCAGCGAGUCAAAGAAAUAACAGGUGAGGGGGCUCAUGCUUGUCUCAUUGUUUCUGGAUCAGAAGCCGCAUUUGAGCUUGCGCCAAAGCUGGUUCGGAACAAUGCAUUAUUAGCUGUGAUAGGAUUACCUGCCGCCACCUUCAACUUUCCCUUGGCAGCCAGUGUAUUCGCCGCAAAAGCACUCACGGUCACCGGCGUCAUGGUAGGGACUGAGCAAAUGAUGGAGGAGCUUCUCCAACAAACCGCUGCAGGAGUUAUCCGUCCUAUGGUCAAAGUGGAAGAAUUUUCAAAAGUUCCAGAUAUUUUUGACAAGUUGAAGAAUAACCAGGUAACGGGACGAAUAGUGGUGAGGAUUCCUCAGUGAGGGUAUUGAGAAGGUGGCGUUUCUUGGUUUCUUGGUCAAAUAAAUGGAAAUAUCACGGAAGCACAUAUUAGCAGCCUCAGUUACAGCUACAUAAAAGUAGAUUUGAAAUAAGAUGC